AUGACUUCUACUGCGAGUCAGCAAAAUCAAAACCCGGCGCAAACUCCCGCAGCUUCUGUGGCAACUCCGUCGUAUGCUUCCGCCGCCGGUGCGAACAAGAAGCCGACAUCUUCGCCGCGAUCAGCGGCGGGCCCUCAUCCGCCCGUAGUGGUCGGAUCAUCUGCGCCAGCUGCUCAGAAUGGCAAAACUUCGACUGUUGCCCCGAUGAACGGCCGGCCCAACAUCACCCCCGCGGUCCCGACCGUCACCACCCCACCUGUCGCUCGUGGCUCUUCCAUCGUCAACGGCGGCGCAGACCACGCCCGCAAGAGCUCCGUGACCAUUAGUGCCAACGCCCCGGUUGGCCAUAUCGCAAACGGCGGCCCCGCCGGCGGCCCCAAGGGCAUCCAGUUUGGCUUCAACGAGUCGCCAGCCAUCGCUCACAGCACCCCCCAGGCGGGUGGUCCCGCGCCGAUUCCCAUCCCUGGGAGCGGCAACCCGAGGAUCCAGUCCCCUGCACACUCUCCGUCGCCCAUCCCGCAGAUGCCCCAGCAAAGCGGUGGCGGCCAGCGGGCUCCGUCCAUCCCCCAGGCUCCGGUGACCUUUGGAAGCUUUCCGGGCGAUAACGACCGCCAUAUGAAGCAGCAUAACCAAGUUGCGAUGGGCCAGAGCCCUCACGUUAGACGUGAUUCACAAGCCUCGACACACGGCGAAGGCAUCGGCCACGGCGGUCCGGCACACGGUCGAGGUGGCUACCAGGGCCAGGGUCGCGGCCGCGGCAAUUUCAACCCGCAAUACAACAAUUCUAACAUGGGCUACCCGCCUAACAGGAACUUUUCGGGCCCCAACGCCGGUCGUGGCGGCAUGCAGCCCUAUCACCAGGGCCGCGGCGGAAUGCAACAAUUCCCCAACUCGCCGCAACCCCACCGUGCCAGCCCGGCAACGACUCCAGCCAUGCCUCAUGUCACGCCCACGAUGCAGCCUGCCGCCCUGGCUGCUGGCGCACAGCCAUACCACUACCCGGGCAUGAACCCGGCAAUCCCGCCUUACUCUCACCAAGUAAAUCCCCAUUCCAUUAAUAGUGACCACCCCACAUUCAAGACCCACAAGAAGAACAAGGCAGGGCGUCGGGACUCGGAGAAAGCGCACCAUCUGCGAGCUCCCAACGCCUCCCAGAGACAUACCAGCAUGGAACCUACGCAGCGGCCGCGGCGUCAAAGCAAGCGUUGGGACUCAGCGGCCGACUGCUAUCAGAAUGUCAACGGCGGCCCCCCAUCGCCCGAGAAUUCGGAUGGCGUGCCUCCGUCGUACCAUUUUCAACCAGGUCGCCCGGUUCCUAUGUUUGCUCCUCACCUAAUGGGGCCUAUUGACUUGUCGCCAGAGAGUGGUACCUUUGAGAAGCUGCUAACCGCAAACAAGAUGCAGAUGGGAGCCCCUUACGGCAUGCCACCGCCGAUGGAUGGUUAUCGCAUGAACUAUCAGUAUCCCCCGCAGCCGAUGAAUCAUUACAUGCCGCAGCCUUCGCAAUUUGCCCCCGCUCCCCACCAAGGGUUUGUUCCUUCGUACGGACCCGGGCAGGCAACCGCGCAGCCCAUGUCUCGUAACGCUUCCCAGGUUUCCGACCGUCCCGCAUCGAGCACCGGGCCGGCCCAACCAGCACCGGCAAUCGCUCAGGGUACGCCACAGCAACGCCCGGCCCAAGCCGCGCCGGCCAUCGUGUCUUCGCCGGCGUUCUCACGGCCGCCGAAGAAGAGUGCCGCGAUUGUCAUCAAAGACUCGGAGGGUAAGGUUGUUGACCUGACCGCCGCAAUGAAGGCCCCCGGCUCCCCGGCUCCGCCCAUUCAGCCGUCGAAGACGCCCCCGGCAAUCGUCUCGACUCCCACACCGCCUCCCAAGCCUUCAACGCCUUCCCAUGGCCGAACUGAUAGUGCUUCUACUGGCAAAACUGCUGAACAGGUUCGCAACGAGUUCAUGAACCUUGUCAGAAAGCAAGCCGACACCCCGUCCGAAGAGAAAGCCAAGGAGGAGGAAGAAGGAGUCAAGGCUGCGGAAGACAAGGCUGCAGCCGACAAGGCGGCUGAGGAGGCGGCCGCCGAGGAAAAGGCAGCGGCUGAGAAGGCUGCUGCUGAAGAGAAGGCCAAGGAGGAAGCUCGCCUCCAGGCCGAGAAGGCCGCCGAGCAGGCGAAGGCAGAAGAAGCCAAGGCGAAAGAGAAGGCCGAGGCCGACGCGAAGGCGAAAGCGGAGGCCGAAGCUGCCGCCGAAGCUGCCAAGGUCCCUGAGCCAAAGGAGGACAAGCAGCCAGCCGCUCCCAAGGAAUCGGAAGAGGACGAGAUGGAGCGCAUGAUUCGUGAGAUGGAAGAAGAGGAUGCUCGUCGCGAGAAGGAGCAGGAGGAAAUCUCCGCCAAAAAGAAGGCUCAAAAGGAAGAGGAGAAGAAGCGCGCGGAUGCUGCCAAGCUCAACUCGGCCGACAACGACAAGAAGCUCAGGGAGCAAGAAGCGGAGAUGGAGAGACUCGAGGAGGAACGUGAGCGUCGCCGCAAGGAAGGCGAGGCUAAGGGUGAGAAGGCGACGUCUGUUAGCGACCUUCUCUCGAAGCCCAUGAGCGCGCUGAAACUCGCCGACAAGGAGUCAACCGAGAAAGCUAGCACCGAUGCGACCACAAAGCUUGGAGCUGCAGACAAGGCUAGAAGCAAGCCUGCUGCUCUCAACCUGGCGCCCCUUAAGACAACGCCGGUCGAAGCUCCGCAGCCCAGUGCGGCACUGCAGUCUCUCCGCUCUGCUCGUUUCUUGCAGAACGUGGACCACACCAUAUACCCCGCGGGCAUCGCGUCGCCCAACCCUGCCCUCAAUGCGGCAGUUCACAAGAAGGGCAAGAUUUUCAAGUACGACGCUCAGUUCUUGCUCCAGUUCCAGCAAGUCUUCACCGAGCAGCCUUCAAUGGAGUUCCACCAGCAGGUCAAGUCUCUCAUUGGAGACUCGGACGGUUCCCGGUCUGCCUCGGCUCGUACCCCUGGCGCCGGCUCCGGUCGACAAAACUCGCGCGCUGGUGCCUCUUCUGCUUUCCCGUCUGGAGGCGCCAUGGGCCAAUUCGGAGCCGCCAAGACAUUGCCUCCUGGAACCACCUCAGCGGAACGCUUUGCCAUGUCCCAGGGCAAUACCCCUAGACCCGCCAUGGGCUCGAUGGGUGGCUUCAACCGCGGAGGUGUCUUCCCCGGCCAAAUGAGCCGUACGCCGUCCUCUAAUGCGGUCGGCCUGCCCUCUCCCCGUGCCGGAAGCAGGCGUGGAGGUGGCAGCAAGCGGGACUUUGGCAGCGCCAAGGCCGAGGCGCAGGCUGCUAAGACCAUGCCCCUUACCCAAGGCCAGGACCUCAAGCCCAUUACCGUCUCAGCGUCAGGCUGGAAACCGUCUAGCGUCGGUAACAAGGCCGCUCAAGCGCCCACUGCGGUUGCUCAGGGCGGCCAUAUGGACCCUGGAAUGGUGCAGCGUAAGGUCAAGGCUGCCCUGAACAAGAUGACUCCGGAGAACUUCCAGAAGAUCUCGGAUCAGAUUCUCGCGAUUGCCGCACAAUCCAAGAACGAGCCGGAUGGCCGCACCCUGCGUCAGGUUAUCCAGCUUACAUUUGAGAAGGCGACCGAUGAGGCUCACUGGGCAUCUAUGUAUGCCAAGUUCUGCAAGUGUAUGCUCGAGAACAUGAGCGCCGAUAUUCGCGACGAGAGCAUCCUGGACAAGGCUGGAAAUGUCGUCAGUGGCGGUGCUCUGUUCCGCAAGUACCUUCUCAACAGGUGCCAGGAGGAAUUCGAGCGCGGCUGGAAGGUCGAUCUCCCGCAACCUAAGGAGGGCGAAGACAAGAAGGCGACCGAGGCGGCCUUGCUGUCGGACGAAUACUACAUUGCCGCCGCUGCCAAGCGUCGUGGUCUGGGUCUCGUUCAGUUUAUCGGCGAGCUCUACAAGCUUGGUAUGCUGACGGAGCGCAUUAUGCACGAGUGUGUGCGCAAGUUGCUCGAAUUCACUGGUGUCCCUGAUGAGGCUGAGAUUGAGUCUCUCACAAAGCUUCUAAAGACUAUCGGUGGCAACUUGGACAGCACAGAGAAGGGCCGUCAAUUCAUGAGCGCAUACUUCGCCCGGAUUGACGGCAUCGUCCAGCUCGAGGGCCUGCCGAGCCGUCUCAUGUUCAUGCUCAUGGACAUUAUCGACUUGCGCAAGGCCGGCUGGGUUUCUAAGGAAGCCAACAAGGGUCCCAAGACUCUUGAGGAAGUUAGGGCUGAGGCUGAGGCAGCUGCUGCACAAAAGGCCGCCGAGAGCGCUCGCAACCACCAGCGUGGUCCCCCUGGUGGUGGCCGGCCGAUGGGUGGUCGGGGCGAGUCAAGGAACUUCUCCUACAACAAUGCACCCCCCAGUAACCAGGUCGGCAUGGAUGAUCUCAGACGCCUCAAGGGAUCUUCAAGCCGUACCUCGAGCCAAAACCCAUCAUUCGGACCCACUUCCAUGUUCAACUCUCGGAGCAACAGCGGUCGUACACGCCUGGGUGGCCCUGGUGGUGCUUUUGGUCGUGCCGCCGAGGACUCCGGCGCGUCCUCGCGCACUGGGACCCCUCCCGUUCGUGACCGCGACUCGGUUGCCCACACAAAUGCAUUUGGACUUCUCGCUGAUACCGGUGACCACCCCGGCUCUCCUCCAUCAGCCCAUGCGUCGCCAGCGCUGCCAAAGGCAACCCUCGACACGGUUGCGGCUGGCAACAGCAAAAAGGAGUAG